CCCUGCGCGGCCAUGGCCCGCGCCACGCCGCCCGUCGCGACCGCCCGUGCCGCCCGGGCGCCGAGGCUCGCGCUGCUGCCGGCGCUGGCAGCGCUGCGGCUGACGGCCGCGGGCGCGGGGCCCGUGCCCGGCGAGAGGGGGCGCUGCUCGGCGGCGCUGGGCUUCAGCGGCGCCGCGGUGCCGAUGGACAGGAGCGGUCAGGGCCUGAGGUUCUGCGCCGAGCACCACGGGAGGACGUGCUGCGAGGGCAACCAUACCCGCGAGGCGCUCGUGCGCUACGCGCCGUUCUCCCACAGCGCCUCCGGCAGGUGCGGCCGGAUGACCCGGCUCGCGAUGUGCUCCCCGUGCGACGGGGAUGUGGGCACCGGUCUCAAGUCGCAGUCGGAUCGGGUCGUCCUCUGCCCCGACUUCUGCGCGCGCUGGUUCGACGCCUGCCGGGAGAGCUUCUACGAGGCUGGAAGGGCGGCGUCCGCGCUGUCGCCCUGUGGCCAGGACAGCCUGGUCUGCAGCCGGCUGGGCGAGAUCACGGAGGACCCCCGUGGGUUCUGCGAGAGCAUAGGCCCGUAUGUGGUGGCGGACGGCGGGGAGCCAGACGCGUGCUACGACGGUGUGCCGGCCGCCAGCUCUCGCGGCAGGGGGCCGAAGGCCUGA